CCACAUUAGUAUGCCGCAGGAAGAGAAGCAAAGCUUGAGUCCGAGCACAACGACAAGUUGGACAGACAGCGAAGACUCGCGCACAGCAUCCACCGCCUCGCUGGUGCAGCAGCAGCUGAAGAGCACGCCACUGAGAUCAGGCUCUCGUGUGGGUCCGGGUCUGCUGCUCUUUCCGGGCACAGCGCAGCGAGCCGACCAACGGCGGGCAGCCAAAGAACGCCAGCUGGAAAAGCCAGCAGCGCAGGCUAGUGAGGGGCAUGAUGCAUCGCUCAAUCGCCGCAAGCCGUACAGCAUACGCAGCUUUCGCCGACCGCCGCUCUGGCAGCCGCCGGCCAUCAAAGCGGAGGCGGAGGCGACGCUCAAAGAGGAGCAGCAGGAGCAGCAGGUGGCUCCACUGCCCUAUCUAGCCAAGCUGCAGGCCUUCAUCAUAGAAUUUCUGCAGGGAUCCUCGAUACAUGGCUUCAUCUAUUUGGCCAAGUUCGGUUUGAAUUUCCUGGAACGCAUGCUCUGGUUCGCCUUCAUCUGCGUGGCAUUGUUCAGCAUCAUCUCGCUGAGCCAACGCACUUGGCAACGUUUCCAGACCUCGCCCAUGGUCAUCUCGAUGGAUCGCAAUAAGCUGGUGUGGAACACCAGUUUUCCAUCGCUCACCGUGUGCCCGCACAAGCGCAUCGAUGACAUCAAGCUGGAGGACUACAUAGAGGCGCACAGCGAGAAGUUCGUGGACGAGGAUGAUAAGGAGUUCUUCCGGGAUUUUAUUAUCAAACUUGCGAGUCUCACAUACGACAACUUGGAGACUCUGCCAUUGAACAAGUCGUACGGCAUCGACAGCAGCGACUACUUGAGCUUGCUCUAUGAGCUGAAAUGGCCCUUCGAGCCGGAAAUCAGCAGCGGCGCCGCUGUCAAAAUGUUCAUCUAUGAGACGCAAACGGAGUUUGGCAUUUGCCACUCCGUCAACUCACUUGUGGCACGCUACAAUACCUACAAAAUAGUUCCACUUGAAGUUUCACGACAGACUGCCGUCUCGCUCUCUCUCUCUCACACACUCAUUCUGUCUCUUUCAGUGCGCAAUGGCCGCCGUUUGCCAAUAUGCGGUUUGGAGGGCAUCGGCUGCUUGGUCAAAAUUAAACGCGAGAUAAUCUCACUAAAGUCGGAUAAAUACAAAAUCAAUUGCAAUUGCUUGGCCAACUGUGAUGAUUCCAAUUUCUUCGUGCAGUCUUAUAGGUCCCGCGUCUGGUUUCUGGGCGCUAAUCUACAAUGGGGCAUUAUUGAUUACCCGAAAAUGCAGCUACCCCGUUUGGUGCGACGCAUGUUUUGCAAUUAG